CCGCCGAGUGUCAGUUUCAGCGCCGCCGCCUGCGGUCUCUCUGGCCGGGCUGCCCGGCCGCCCCGCGCCCAGCUGCCGCCCCGCUCCGCGUGCCUGGACUCCCGACCCGCGCCCGCCCGUCCAACGGCGCAGCACGGCGCGCAGAUGGCGCACUCGGCGUCCUCCGUGCCGCUGGGCGUGCUGGAGCAGGGCUGCCCCAUCCGCGUGGAGCACGAUCGCCGGCGCCGCCAGUUCACCGUCCGGCUCAACGGAUGUCAUGACCGGGCCGUCCUGCUCUAUGAGUAUGUGGGCAAACGGAUUGUGGACCUGCAACACACGGAGGUCCCUGAUGCGUACCGUGGGCGGGGUAUUGCCAAGCACCUUGCCAAGGCUGCCCUGGACUUUGUGGUGGAGGAGGACCUGAAGGCCCAUCUCACGUGCUGGUACAUCCAGAAGUAUGUCAAGGAGAACCCCCUGCCGCAGUACCUGGAGCGGCUGCAGCCAUAGCCCCGGCCGUGGGCAGGAGCGCCCCCUGCCGGCCCCUCCACAUGGACUCCACCCAGCCCCACGUGCUCUCAGGAACCUGCUCCCCCUGGGGACAGGCUCAGAGUUAUUUUUGUAAGGACGCUCAUCUGUGUCUCCGAGUCCAGGCUCCUGAAGAAGGCUGGCCGAGGAUGGGCGGUGACCCAGUGACCAGGGCAAAGGGAAGACCAGACAGUGGUGGUCCCAACACCACCUUCAGUGGGCAGCAUGAGAGGGCCUGGGACCAGCUGGGUCCCUGCUCUGUGAUCAGCAGGAGGUUGGGUGAGACCCCUGCCACCAGCUUCUGGUGCUAUGUCCUUUCUACAAACAAGGAGGACAUUUUCCAGAGUCAAGAGGAGCACAAGGAACCUUAUAUGCCAACCUCGGAGAGUGGUGGCACCAAGCCUCAUUUGCCACCAGCAUGACCCCCUUCUCUUUCACAGACGUUGGUGCCCUGGUGCAGGUUCGCAGCAGAGGGUAACCCUCCCUGAUGUGGGAGAUAAGAGUGUGGCUGGAGCUGUGGUCCCGGCUCAGAUACAGGCCCUCGCACAUGAGCUGGGGGCACGGGCAGGCGUGGGGAGAGCAGUGGUGUCUUGCUCUUCCUGGUGCCCUCAUCUUCUGUUGUCCUCUCAUGUGUCAGCUCUACAGGAAACCAAGGCCCCCACACCUAGGGGUCACCCUUCUCAUUUGCCUCUGCCCCCUGUUGGCCAGGAGUCGGCUCCCAAGGCAGCCCAAGUGGCCACAGCCUGCCGAGCAUGGCAGCAUCCCCGACCCUCACUGGCUUCUGCUGUCAUCUGCCCAGGCCCUCACAGAGGGCAUGCCUUGGAGCUGGGGCUAGGAGGAGGCAUGCUGACCCCCACAAGCACCCUCAUCACCAAAAGAAAGGAGCAUUUCAGCUGAGGGAUUUCUUUUGCUGACUCCAGACAUCAGAGCAUCGUUCUUUUUGGGGGCCAGCUGUGGCCAGGUACAUUCGGUUGGCUGUUGUAAGUCCCAGGGCCCCUCCCCAUACCUGCCUUCCUGGUGUCAGUCUGGAACCAAGCAUGCCAUGGUUCUGUGGGACCCACCUUUCAGGGGGCCUGUGUCUCUCCUUUAAGGACUGGUUAGGGCUCAGAGUCCUGAUCUCUUGUCCCCUGUUCCCCACAAGGUUCAAGUCUCUUCUUGCUCUUCUAUGGAGCUGAGGUGACCCAGGAAUCCAGGGCCCUUUUGAGUUGAGGGGACAGUCAACAGUGAAUCCUUGGAUGCAGUGUGCCCCUUCCAGGCCUCUGGGGGUGUCUGGGUCUGGCCUCCAAUACCUCCCCACUCUUCUGUGCCUCCCUCCUCCUAUGUGGGGACUCAGGGCAGGGUAGAUGUUGGGGGUGCCUUGGUGAUUCCUCCCCUUGGUGCUGGCCUGGUGGCUGGCCUGGUGGCUCUCUUGUUCCCACUCACCUCCUCACUGCUUCCAGCCUCGGUACCAAGACCCCCUGGCUCUCCCUCCCAACCACAGCAGCUCAGGGGUUCAAGACAGCUACUUGCCCUACUGUAGCAACUUUGAGAUCUGCACACACGAGGAAGGCUGGCAGCCUUCCUGUGGGGGCCCCUCAGUUUAGUGCUCCUGAGCCCCCACCACUGUGAGUCCAGCAUGGAACGCCAGUGGUCACUGUCCUAAGCAUCUUGUGCCAGCUGCAGAUAUUCAUGCUCUGACCUCCAAGAAUUCCUAGGAGAGCCCAGGUGGCCCCCAUUCCUCUGCAUCCUCCUCCUCAGCUCUGUUUGCAAAGGGCUCUUUUGAAGGGCCAGAAAAAAACCCAGGCCUCCCAGAAGAAACUACUGGCAGGAGUGGGGCUCAGCUGUGCUGUGUCCCACACAGUAGUGAUGCCCCAUUCCUGGGUCAAGAUGAUAAAUGAGCAAGUUGCAGGCCUCAGAGUAGACACAAGUUGCUGAGGGCCACACUGUCUCCCCUUCUGUCCAGGGGUGUCUGGACCAGGGCCUCCCCUCCCUCACCACUCCCUACCCACACAUGCUUCCCAAGUUUCCUCAGACUGUCUCCCCCGUGAUUCAGUGAGCCAGUGCUGGUGCUCUGAACUACAGAAUGAGGUGGCCCUGCAUUCUGCAGUCUACCCACAGAGGGGUCCCCCCACGGGAGACCCCAGAGGACCAGCACAGGCUCAAGGAGCUAUAGGAGCCAGGUGGCUCCAGGAGGAGGCAGCCUAGCCCCACCUGGUCCCCCCCGAACCUAAGGUCCCAUACACUAUGUGUGGUCCAUACACAGGUGACUGGCCAUCAUGGCCACAUGCCCAUGAGACACUCAGUACUUGAAUGUGGAGGCCCAGGGCCCCAUAAGAGUGGCUGGGGCUUCCUCAGUUGGCUUGUCCCAAGUUCCUGCGGGGGUGACCUGAGCACCUCCUUGGGUUGCCUUAAAGCUCCAGACUCCACUCCAGGGUUCCCGACAGGGCUGUGCUGGGCCUGACCAUAGUCACCAGCUGAUCCUUGGAGCAGCAGCAAUAACUACAUCUCCACCCCACCCUGGUGGGGCCACCAGCCCAGUUCAGCCCUCUGGUGCUACCCUUCUGCCUGGCCUCCCAACCACACCCACCUCUUGACCCAUGUCACUCCAGGAGCCCUCAGUCAGCACCAGUCACUUGGGGGCCUUGGUGAGACCAGGGGCAGAGGGACGUUUGCCCCCUAUCCACCUGCAAGUUCACCUAAGGUCUCAUGCUCUCCUGCUGGGUCUGCCCUUGGGGUCCCCCUUUCUUGUCCAGUCUACGCAGGUGGUAACUUACGUGCCUUUCCUAUCCAGGACCUGCCCCAGUGGUGUCUGGCCACAGCUAGAGACCCACUCCUUGGGCCUUGUCAGAUUUCUGAACAUAACGAACAUUUCAACGGAAGGCGUGGCCUAGUGUGCGGCUCCCAGGAGGUGCUGCGUGUGGGGUUGGCGGGCUGUCUCCUCCACCCAAGAGCAGUCUCAUUUGCCUCAUUAAGUGAUAAGGUGGACACAGUGAGGAGGUUGGGAGCCCUCCGGAGAGGAGGAGGGAUGGGAGAGGCAGGCUACACAGGUGUUCUUCAUUCUUUGUCCAAGAUGGUGGCUUUGGCAUUAGGAGUCCAAUCCUGUUCUGGGCAACUUUGCCUUUCAUGUCCUGACCCAGCAGGCCCAGCCCACCCCACGGUUCAGCUCUAACACCAGCCUCUGGUUUUCGUGGGAAGUGGUUAUGGGUUUCCUGGGACAAAACUGGUGAUGUUACAUCAGCCACUUAUACAUGAACUGCUCUCAGUCUUGAAAAUUUGGGAAUUUUUUUCAGAGCAGGCAGGUGGGAUCCAUCAAAAACCCAAGAGCAUAGAGAUCCAGCAAUACAAUGAAGGCCAUGUCCUGUGCCAUCCUGCUGCCCAAGGAGGUAGCCGUCUCCUGAGUGGGAAUUUUUCCUAGUAGUUCCCACUGGGAGAGUGAGAUGUCUAUGGCAAAGAAAGAGGAGAGGCACAGCAAGUGCCAAGCCUUUCACAGUCUCAAUUCUCACAACCAUCCCAGGAGAUGCCAGUCAUUGGGCGUGUUCAGUGGAUGAAGAAACUGAGGGUCAUAGUAGCCUGCAGCCCACACAGCUAGAGGGACUAAGAGCAGAACCCAUCCUCUCUAAAUGUUGGUGCCAAGCUUGUGUUGUGGAUUUGUUUCUACUUUGGGCGACAGAUGGCCUCAGAAAGCAAUAAACAGAUACUUCCAGCCACUUUCCUGCUCUUUUGAGGGUCUGAGGUGGGCUCUAUUAGAGCUGCAAGGUGUGUGACUCAUCAAGAGUGCCUGGUCAGCAUGGGAAAGGCUGAGUCGCACGUGUGACUGGGGUCGUAAGCAGGAGUGUUCGCAUACUCCCACUGUUCUUGCUCAGUUCUGGAUUCUCAGAUUUGUUCCAGUUCAUCCCAACAUCCUUUUACUAUUCUCAGGGUCACACUCCUUCCAGAUCAGUGCCCUAAAUUUCACAUAAGAGAUCCUACGAGGCUGUGAACUCAUCUUGUAACUCUGCGACCUGCAGGAUCAAAUUUAGGGUUAUGUUUUCAGUUUUAUCUGUCCUAUGGCUACAAGAUUAUUAAAGACACUUUUCUGAUU